ACGCUUGGCCAGUUGGCUACUACCCAUCGAACCUUUUCAGCCGGCAUUAUGGGCUUUUGUGUUCGCUUGCUUGUGCGUGGAAAUUCUAGCUCUCCUCUUCAUAGACCAUCUUCGUCCGGUAAUUUACUCACUGAGCGAACGUUUGCCCUCAACAACGAAGACAAGUUGGUGGCAUAAUUUUGAGUAUGCCUUCUCGACAACAUUUCUGCUGUUUGUUUCGCAAUCGAGUAAGGGCAUCAUGGUUGGUUUUACGCCACUGCGGAUAAUGCUGUUUGCAUGUUUCCUGAAUGACAUUGUCAUAACGAGCAUUUAUGGCGGUGGACUCUCCAGUAUACUCACGGUGCCUAGCUUCGGACAGGCAGCAGACUCCGUGGAACGCCUUUAUGCUUUCCAGCUCAAGUGGGCCGGUGAUUCCGAGGCAUGGGUGGCAGCUAUUAGGGAUGAUGACAGCGAAAUCAUACAGGGCUUGUUGCGCAAUUACGCCAUACACAGCGAAGAAGAGCUGAUAAAGUUGGCCGAAACCGGUGGAAUGGGCUUCACUAUUGAACGUUUACCUUUUGGACACUUCGCCGUGCAGGAUCAUUUGACUAGCAGCGUCUUAGAUAGAAUGAAAAUUAUGGUGGAAGAUAUCUACUUCCAGUACACAGUCGCAUUCACCUCACGUAUGUGGCCAAUGUUGGAACGCUUCAACGAAAUGGUUUACAUGUGGCACUCAUCUGGCUUCGAUAAGUUUUGGGAGUGGCGCAUUGUUGCUGACUAUUUGGAUGGCAAUAUACAGAAGAUACUACUGGCCUCACAGUAUGCCAACUUGGAAGAUAUUGGACCGGUUAAGUUGGGCAUGUCGAAUUUUGUGGGCAUGUUGUUGUUAUGGUUGUUGGGUAUAGUCUUUGCAACGUUGGCUUUCAUGGGAGAAUUGUUAUUUGCACGUAUGAAACGGUCUAAGGAAUCAGCUAAGAAUGGAGUUGGUGAGCAGAGUAAUGGAGAAUUGUAUUGAAAACAAAAUUGAGAUAUUAAUAUGUAGUAUGGCUUAGUAGUACUU